AUGGCGUCACGCCCAACUCUUCGAGUGAUGUUAGCAGCCGUGGCGCUGUGUGUUGGUGCAUGCUUCGGGCCUGCCUUCAUUGCCCCAGGGCAAGCAGCCUCCAGGCCAAACCUGCGGCGAAUGGAAGGGCCGGGGGCCAUGCCGGAGCAGGAGCCCAGCAUGUCGUCCUCAGCAUCCCGGACGCGACGGGCCUCCGUGGUGGCGGCGCUGGCAUUGCUGGUGCUCGCUCCGCGCGCACGGGCCGUCGAGGAGAUGAGCGACGCCGCCGUGGCAGAAGCAGCCAAGCCGCUGAGUCCCUUCGAGAAACGGGUUCUGCUGGAGGCAGCGACUGAGCCAGCCUUCACUGGCAAGACCACCAACGGCUACGGCUGGGACAACAAGGAGGAGGGUACCUACGUUUCGCCGAUCAGCGGCCUCCCCCUGUUCUCCUCUAAGGCGAAGUACAACAGUGGCACCGGCUGGCCAAGCUUCUGGGCCCCCGUCAGCUCAGAGAACGUCGAGGAGCGCACCGACCCAGGUGACAUGGAUACCUUGCCGAAGAUGUUCUGGAGAACAGAGGUCCUGGAUCGUGCCUCUGGCACACACCUUGGCCACGUCUUCAACGACGGCCCGCCACCGACAGGCAAGCGAUACUGCAUCAACGCCGCCGCCCUGAAGUUUGUGCCUGGCACGGCGCCAGAGGGCGACCCGAAGCAGGCCUCGAAAUGGGUCCUUUCCCUGUUCUGA